AUGGUUGGAAGCAUUGAUUGUAUGCAUUGGGGGUGGAAAAAUUGUCCAACCGCAUGGAAAGGUAUGUAUUCUCGAGGAACCGGAAAGCCAACUAUUGUUUUGGAGGCGGUUGCUUCACAAGAUCUCUGGAUAUGGCACGCGUUUUUUGGAGCACCAGGUACAUGUAAUGAUUUAAAUGUUCUUGAUCAAUCACCGGUAUUUAAUGACAUUAUACAAGGUCAUGCCCCUCAAGCAAACUACUAUGUCAACGGAAGGAAGUAUAACAUGACUUACUAUCUUACGGAUGGUAUUUAUCCCGACUGGGCGACAUUUAUUCAAUCCAUCCGACUACCACAAACCCCGAAACAUUCGUUGUUUGCAAAACGUCAAGAAUCUGCACGGAAAGAUGUUGAGCGUGCAUUUGGAGUCCUUCAAUCAAGAUUCGCCAUGGUUAAGAAUCCAUGUCUUCUAUGGGAAAAAGAAAAAAUCGCUUACAUUAUCAGAGCAUGUCUCAUACUUCAUAAUAUGAUUGUUGAAGAUGAACGACAUUCAUACACUCUCUUUGACGACCAAUAA